UUCCCGAUCUAUCGCUCUCACAAGCUUACUCCCGCUCAUGGAAACACGUGGAAUACACAAAAAAUGGCAUUAAGCUAUGCUUCCCAACUCUCCUUCUUCUCCAACCAGAAAAACAUUGGCAGUUAUUUUAUUGGUGAUUAUCGGUUUUAUCCACGUAAUUGAAGACAGGUCCCAUUGUUAAGAAGCAUCAAGGAAAGAAGACAAAAGUUUUUGUAUCGUUGUUUCUGCUCCACGUAACCCAAAUGAAAUCUAGACCAUGCCCUUUUAACAAGUGAACUCAACUGCCACUUCUUCCUUCUCUUCCCCCCUGUUCGUAAAACAUACUGAACAGAGUAGUCGGCUACAUCAACUUACUUCACAAAAUAGAUGCUCAGAUUAAAUGUUUAUUGCUCUCUAAAUCUUCCUAGUCCAAGAUAUGUCAAGCUUGGGAUCAGCUAUGGUUCAUGCUUAGCUAAGUAUCAUAAAGAACAGAAGCUGAUUCGGGGGAUUUCUGUCAGGGCGUUAAAAGAUGAGAUGGAUGGCGGUACGAGUGGCGGCUUCCCAGGCCGGAGCUGGGAACCUGGCUUGGAAAGUGAGGUCCCUUUUGAACAAAGGCCGGUGAACGAGUACUCAUCCCUGAAAGAUGGACCUCUUUAUUCAUGGGGCGAACUGGGACCAGGGCAAUUUUUCCUUCGUCUAGGAGGGCUCUGGCUAGUAACUUUCACUGUUCUUGGAGUCCCAAUAGCAGCUGCAAGCUUUAAUCCUUCAAGGGAACCUGUAAGAUUUGUGCUUGCUGCGGGAACAGGAACUCUAUUCCUUGUAUCACUAAUUGUAUUAAGAAUUUAUCUGGGAUGGAGUUAUGUUGGAGAUAGACUUCUAUCAGCAGUAAUACCAUAUGAAGAAACCGGAUGGUAUGAUGGUCAAAUGUGGGUAAAACCACCUGAGGUCCUGGCUCGUGACAGAUUGCUGGGCUCUUAUAAGGUUAAACCAGUUAUCAAGUUGUUGAAACAGACACUAGUUGGAACAGGGGCCUUACUUGUUACAGCAGUAUUUUUAUUUAUCUUUGCCACACCAGUAGAGGAUUUCUUUAAAACAGCCUUUGCCACAAAGGAGACCCCAUCGAAUGUUCUUGCUUCAAAAACCAACACAAAGCUCAAUAUAAGAAAAGAAGAGUUGCUUCAACUACCAGUGGAGGUUAUGGCCGAUGAUGAUCUAGCAGCAGCUGCUGCAGAGGCUGCUGAUGGAAGACCAGUCUACUGCAGGGAUAGAUUUUAUCGUGCAUUAGCAGGAGGGCAGUACUGCAAAUGGGAAGAUCUACUCAAGUAGUUUGAUUGUAUAUUGGGUUUGAGUGGGGGAAGAAGGGAAAUGGAAUACAGGCCUUGAUCACUUUGAAUUUUAUAUGGUCAGUUUGCUUUGAACAUUGUACGUAUAGAAGCGGUAAAUGCCAAAAUUUUAUCCAAUUAUUUCAAGCCAUUAAAUAAGUCUAAAGAAACAAGAAAGAAGCAAAAUCCAAAUAUCAUAAUCUAUAGCAUGUCUAUUCAUAAUUACACUGCAUAUAAGAGAAAGAAAUUUAAUGGCUAAGCAAAAUGCACCGAGCUAUCUCUACAUUGGUAGCUUAUUUUGGGAAAUUAUACACCUUUGGUGCACCUACUACAAAAAGCCAAGGCAUAUCAGAGAUCGUUGUUGGAAACUAAAUGGAAAACCUUCAACUUCAAGCAAAGAAAGGGGUUAUAAAGGAGGACAGCCAAGAAAUCAAAGGCAAGGUCACAUGACUGCAAUGAAGUCAAACUACGAGAAGUCUCGAGAACAAGGAAAGUUGGAUAAAGAAGAGAUCGAAAAACUGAAAAGCCUAUUGGGAGGCCUUGAAAAGCCUACUCAUGUAUGUUCCUUGGCACACUUAGGUGAGGUCUUUAGUUUAGGUAAAGUCUUUAGUUCUCAUGGAUAAAAUGUUUUGGGGA